AUGCGUCGACUGGAGCCCACCUAUCCGUCUUUCAAUCUUGUUGUCAACGAAGCGCUGGAUGACCCCCUCCGACUCCCUCCUUACCACUCGUUCCACCGCCGACCGCAUUCUCAUCCGGCUUAUGGCCCCGCUAGGUUCGAGGACCCGUUAAUGACAACCGUUAACUAUGGCUUACAAAGCACGGACGAUCUUUCGGCUGUUCCUGAGCUCUCAUUCUCCGACUUCUGGCCGCCGGACGAGGAAGCUGCUAAUCUACAGGCUGCGCUGGAGAAUCGUCGUAUUGCCAAGGGUUCUAUAUCGAGGCGGCGUAGCUUCUCGGACCUGGUUAUUGUGAGCGUCAGGAUGGGCGUCCGAUUUGGCUCACAUAAUCAGACGGAAGUGUCUAAGGAACCCCUUUAA